AUGGAUACAAGAUACUCGGUAUUUGAAAUGCCAUUAAAGAAAAGUUUCCUGUUGCAAUUUUCCAAUGCACCUGGUCUAGGUACAAAUUCAAUAGAAAUUGAUGCUUUCACUUUUAAUCAAAUAGUACCUAAUCUACAACUACCUUUGAGAACAACUGAAAUAUGUUUAGAAGUUGAAUAUGUGAAACCAGAUUUUGAUACUUUUGAUGAGCUUUUAAAUCAAAGUUAUAAAGAUAAAUCAUCUACAUGGUUCCAUGCUAUGUAUUCAAAAUUUAGAGUUGAUUUCAACGAGAGAGAAAAGGAAAUGACAAAAAAAUAUCUUAAAAUGAGAUCUCAAAAACAUAUAAUUAAUUCAAAUACAGACAAAUUCAAAAUGUUUUUCUAUCAAAGUUUGUUAAGUGUCCAAUUGAUUAAUAGAGAAUCAAAGAGAAAGAAUGACGGUGGAAACGAGGAAUCAAGCAAAGAUGAUGAAAAUCUUAUAUUGAAAGACCAUAUUGAAGAAGACAAAGGACUUGAGAAUUAUGAAGAUCCCGAUCCAACUGAUACGAUUGGAAACGAUAACACCAAAGUAAUAAGGACCCAAAAAGAGAAAGAUGAACGUACAUCAGAUACACAAUCUCUACGGAUCCAAUAUCCAGAUAUUCCUUUUGGGGGACAUAGUUCACCACUUUUGAAUAUUCAACUUGCAUCACCAUUUGGUAGGGCGUAUACUUAG